GCGAAUUGUAUGCGAAAUCCCAAAGCAGAACCUUUAGCAGCUCAAAGCUAGCUGGCUAACAACCAAGAUGGAUACCUCCGGCGAGAGCUUUGUUUUUGUUUGGGUUUCCUCGCCAUAAAAGACGAAGAAAUGACUUUCGAGGUCGUGUAAAUGCACAUUUUUGGGGGAUAUCGGUUCGGAAAGAGUUCCGGAGUUUAACAAACUGCGAAGUGGCAGUAUGUGUUGUCCAGUUAGCCAGUAGUAACGUUAGCUGGCUCCCCGGACUUAACUGCUCCCGGGCUCUCUUAUAUAAACGCGGCCGAUCAGCUGUGACUUCUUGGAGAAAUGAUGAGCUUGUGGGUCUAGCAUUUAUCCACUCUAUAUGGGACUUCUGUGGCUCGAAACCUGACCUUUAUUGCGGACAUUUACCAUCAUAACUACGAGUUAGCACGAUCCAUGGAAAUUAAGCUGCUUAUUUACUAAGCUCCUUGGAUUUUACCCACCGGUUCGUACCUAAACAUGCCGUAGAUUCAUUUUGUGUGUGUGUUUUUUUUCUUCUUCUAAAGAAGUUUCUGUCUUUAGACGGGACAUAAAUAAAACUACCUCCGCGUUGUAAAGGGAGCGAUGACGUCCUCGAUACGCUGAAAGUUUUUGUAAUAAAUAACGCCGACCUUCAACUUCCAGGUGUUUGCAGUGAAACUACAUCAGAUACUGGGACUUAUCGAGGACCAGCCAUGCUACACAGGCCCCCUGUUUUAUCUGGGUUGAGGUCUUAUGGAUCGGACUCAUGGCCAUCACUGAGAGUUGGACACAACUGGAAGUCUGGGUUGACAUUUAAAAACGCUAAAGAUAGUGUGCAAUAACUGGGGAAAUGAUUUCUUAUGGUGGGGAGUGUGUGUGCUUGUGCCAUGUUCUCAGUGACUCUCAUAGUCUUCUAAGCGUCUGAUUUUCCCGUCGGGAGAAGAAGAUGGAGACCGGACUAAGGUCUCACCAGGGCGAAGCGUUCGUCCACCCGCUCUCCAAUCCAGGAGCUGCGGGGAUCUGCCCUGAAAUGUUGGAGGUAGCAGAAGAGGCCAGCCGGGCCGGGGACUUCAACUUGGCCGUAGAGAUCUAUAGCUCCCAACUCGCAGAUCUCCAGCACCCUGACAGGGGCUUGUGUUUGAGGAAGGCCGACUCGCUAUCCUGUGCCGGGCGGAUAUCCGAAGCGUUGGACUCGUACUGUACAGCGGCCAGCCUUGGCAAGCUGCGCCCGGAGGAGCUUCAACUCCUGGUGGAAACCAUCGCCCGAACUCUGCGUGAGAAAGAGCUGGGCAUCCACGCCACUGUAAACGGGAGCAAUAAAAGCAGCAGCGGGGAAGACGGGUUUCAAAAUAGUGGGGAGUGUGAGGAUGAUGAAGCCCUGGACUUGUUUUCCUGUCAUCUCUGCAAGUGUUUGCUCCACGAGCCUACAACCGUGGAGUGUGGACACACUUUCUGCAAACGCUGCACAGAUGACGACUCUGUCACAAACUGUGUACACUGCAAACAAAAUCUGAGCAGGAAAGGACUGCCGAACGGCCGGAGAAUAAACGUUGUACUCAGUGGCCUCUUGGACAAACUGUUUGCAACUGAGAGUAAAGCUAGGAAAUUAUGGAUCGAAGGAGAGGAUUCGUGGAAAAAGCAGAAUCUUUUAGAGGCUCUGGAGAAAUACAACGGAGCAGUGGAUCUAGUGCCCUCUUCAGGCAGACUGUUGCAUCAGCGGGCUGAGUUGCACCUGGAGAUGCAGAAUUUCAGCCAGGCAGUGCAGGAUGCCAGCAGUCUCUGCAGGCUAAAAACCCUGUGGACAGAGGCUCACUAUCUGAAAGCUACAGCACUGAGUAAAGCAGGCCGGAAAGAUGAAGCCUUACAAGAGUAUUUCCUGUGUGUGGCACUAAAGCCCGACUGGGCCAAAGUGAAACUGGAAGCUCAGAAGGUCCUGGGCGAGCUGUUCUCCUCUGUAUUUGAGAAUGAGGAUCUUCCAACGCCGUUGCACCCUCUGCAAGGAGGCCUGGCUACGCGUCUCAUCAAACCUCCUGCCUUGCUCAGUUCCCUGAGGCCACUUCCACAGAAACCAGGCUCAUCCUCCUCACAGGACUCAGAGUUCACUGUGACUAAAAGCCCUCCAGUGGACGACUCAUCCUCCAGACUCUGUGCUCUGUCUGCUGGUAAAUCGGACCCUUCUCCAGGGGAGGGCAGCACAAAGAGCCUGGCUGAUGUUUUGGCUGCACUGCCAGCACCCCCUGGUGGCCUUAAGAGGAAACACAAGAGUGAUGAACUUUCAGCAACCUUCAGCCCUCCCUCUAAACUUCUCAGAGCUGAUGAGGGGGAGAUCCGUCAGGCGACUGCUGCUUGUGGAGGUAGAUCAGUUCCUGCUGAGCUGUUGGACAGUGGAGACCUGGAGUGUUCACUCUGCAUGAGAUUGUUUUACGAGCCUGUGGCCACUCCCUGUGGUCACACCUUCUGCCUCAAAUGUCUGGAACGCUGUCUGGACCACAAUCCCAACUGUCCUCUGUGCAAGGAGAAUCUGUCUGAGUAUCUAGCUAGCAGGGGCUACAACAAGACCCUGCUGAUGGAGGAAGUCCUGCAGCGUUACCUAGGAGAUGAGCUGGCAGAGAGGAAGAAAAUCCAUGAAGAGGAGAUGAAGGAGCUUUCCAAUCUAAACCAGGAAGUGCCCAUCUUUGUGUGUACCAUGGCCUUCCCCACCAUCCCCUGCCCUCUGCACGUAUUUGAGCCACGCUACCGCCUGAUGAUUCGCCGCUCAGUGGAAACUGGUACCAAGCAGUUUGGCAUGUGCAUCGCUGAUGAGCUCAAAGGCUUUGCUGACUAUGGCUGUAUGCUGCAGGUGCGAGACGUGAAGUUCUUUCCCGACGGCCGUUCAGUGGUUGACACCAUUGGCGUGUCACGGUUCAAGGUCCUCAGCCACGGCCAGAGAGAUGGUUACAACACUGCUAAGAUUGAGUACCUGGAAGACAAGAAGGUGGAGGGGGAAGAGCUAACAGAGCUUCUGAAGCUGCACGACUCCGUGUAUGAUCAGGCCAACGGCUGGUUCACAUCUCUGAAAGACAACAUGAAGAGUCAGAUACACAGCCACUUUGGACACCUUCCCAGCAAAGACCCGGACCCACAGGCCAGUCCCAGUGGUCCAGCCUGGUCCUGGUGGCUGCUCGCUGUUCUUCCCUUGGAAAACCGUGCCCAGCUCACAAUCCUGGCCAUGACCUCCCUCAAGGAUCGCCUCAUUGCCAUCCGAAGAGUCCUCAUCUUUGUCACUCGCAAGAGGCCACGGUGAUGGAGGAGCUGCUUGGAAGAACCGCUCUGGCAUCUAUGCAGUUCAGAAACGUGUUCGGUCAUUCGUCGGGUCGCUCCUUGACUGAUUCACUUUGUACGUGUUUACUCGUUCAUUCUCUCCUGCGUCAGUUUAUUCUCAGAUGCUCAUUCCUGUGUCACGUAGCCCUCCCGAACGCCUGUCAGUUCUGCUGAGAGUAUCAGGUGGGUCACAGCGCUGGCAUGAAGGUGUUCCUGCUUUCUUUCUUUAUCCAGCAUCUCCCAACCAGCUUCACUACUCAUGAGUGAACCCGACCACAACACACUUCUAAACCAGUGAUCUUUGAUGUGGCGUUCUCAGUCUUGUAGGAGGAAAAAUCAAUUGAGCUGAGUAGGAAUGCUUUCAUUAUGGUCAACAUGGGCUCUUUUUAUGAAGGAACAAAAACCUGUUCUCACAUAAGCAGUGUGUUCAGGUUCAAGAGGAUUUUUUUCCUAUACAUUUUAAGCAGUGUUUAACAAAAUGGGAACAGAGCUGUGCAGUCUUCAGGAUUCACGACUGGGAACCAAAAACAAACGAACCCCAGCGAUGUGUGAAGAAAGAAAAUGCAAAAAUACUGCAUGAUGGCAGCACAUGUGAAUGUACUGGCCAGGCUGUAGGUUGUAGAUAUUUUUCCUCCCCCAAGACUACACAUACAGAAUCAGCUUUUUGUUUUCUUUAUAUUAUACAGAUUUCAUAAGGCUCACUUGUGACAUUUAGGACCGCACUCCUACAAUGCAGUAUUUAUCAUGAAAGGUGUAGCUUAUUUUCUAAAGAAGACAGCAUGGUGGACGAGGAACAACUCGGGCAGACCAACACCCCGAAAAGGCGGCAAAAAAGAGGAGAUACAAAUCCACACUUCCUGUCAGAGCUUUCAGAAUAAAAUCAGUGUGCAUUACAUUUAUAAUUUGGCCAUUUACCCUGGAGUUAAAUUACUCUGGAGUCAGAUUCAGCGUUGUGAUUCCAUCCACUCUUCAAUAAAAAGACAGAUACAGGUGUUUCUGCCAGGUUGCCCGGCCCACUUGGUAAGGAUUAAAUAAAUAAAAAAUAAAAAAAAGCGGACAAACAGCUGAUGCCUCGCUUGAAAUCUUCCUGAGCCGAAACUCUGGUGCAUAAGCAUCAGUACCUCAGAUUGUGUGAAAGGAAGGAAUGAAUGCCAUGAAAGCCUUUGUGUUGAGACUGUGAUUUCACUCAUGCUAACACUAAAAACCAUCACACACUGCGGUGUGUAAGAUCAAGUGCAACUCUACAUCUGCACUAGUUCUGAAGAGCGAUUGAGCGUAAGACUAAAGCUUAAACCUCCAUCACUCAAGUCGUGCUAGCUUUUAGGAAAGAGCAGAUAACAAUGCAUCCUGAUGAUGCUGAUCUGGAUAUUUUAUUUUUAAUGUCCUAAAUGUAGCAUAUCUUUGGGACUGAUGUAGUUAUAGGGGCUGAUUGUGUAUUUUUAUGUUUGUUUCUCUCACUCUGCUAUGCCCUUAAGUGUAUGUAUAUGUUCAAAUUUAAUUUGGGUGAAUUUCUGUGUAUAAUUGUAACUCUAAGGCCUUUUUAAUGUUUUAUUUAAGGAACGUUUCAACAAUCUUUCUCUCUCAUCCUCUUCCUGUUCAUUUACAUGCACACUGUAAUGGAAUUCCUGGAUUUUUCUAAUGAGCAGUUGGAUAUGUUGAUAUGAAAUCACCCAAGCACUUUCUAUGUAUCUCUGAUGCCUGACAGACAUGUCGAUGUGAACAAUUGCAAAGAGUUAAUUUUUUUUUUCUUCUUUUGUAAACGUUUUUGCUGCUACAGAUCUGUUUCUGUUGGCACUUGGCAUCAACAGUUGUUGAUUUAAAAAUCCUAAAAUCGGUGCACAAUAUUGAUCCUGUAACCCAAAUUUGCAUAAUGUUUAAAGUUUUUGUUUGUCUUUUUUGGUUUGUCUUGUUUUUAAAUUGGCCUUAAAUUGGAGUUUCUUUGUACCUGGUAGUUAAAUUUGGGUUUCUACCCACAAUUUCAAGCUCUCACAGUGUCUGUUAGCAAUAACAUAUGAAGCAUGCCAAAAAGGGGGGAAGAAAACAAGAGCAAUGGAGGUUUUUAAAAAUUCAUGACAUGAUUUUGCACGUGUGGAUUUUCUUAGUGAGAAAAUGAAUGUAAAUGAGAAAAUUCUACUUAAAUGUCUGAAAGGAGAUUUCUGUAUAUUUAUCCUACAGAUGGAAUUCAGCAGUUGUCAAUAAUAAAGAGCGUCCUGAGUCUCUUUAUGCAGACUUUUAAGCAGAUUAGGUCAUGGCUAUAAUUACAUUGUCAGUGUGCAUAUAAAUGCAUAUUCUCUCUGUGUUGCCGUUUCCUCUUCAAAUGUUUGUGACUCCACUGCAGUCACGUGCUCUCUGCAUGGGAGCAGUGUUCACAAUGUGCUGCAUUUCCCUGGCGUAUUUGUAAAGGGAGCUCUUAUACCUAUUUUUUAUUGCAAAUAAAGGAAAGCACAUUCAGUCGUGUC